AUGAGAAAAAUGCCAACCUUUUCUGUCAUGUACAAAGGGGCUGUCAUAAUUAGCAGGACUCUAAUGGGUCCAUAUGGAGUUGACCGGGCGGUUCAUUCCAUGGAGUUUACAGACUGUGAAAAUGGCCUGGGAAUUAAAGUGAUCGGUGGAGUGAAGGAGCUUACUGGAGAGGAGUUUGGGGUGUACGUCAAAAGGAUUUUACCUGGUGGGCUAGCUGCAACAGACGGCAACCUGAUGCCAGGAGACCAGAUUCUGGAGGUGAACGGGGACAGUCUAGUUGGAGUUACAAGUGAAAGAGCCGUGGAUGUCUUGAGGGCGGCCUCAGCCACCAAUCACAUGCGCCUUCUCAUAGCCAGAGAUGAAGAAGCAAAGAGAGAAUUCGCCGACCUCCUCGAAAAAUAUGGUUCCAAUGGUAGCACUGGGUCAACACGCAACUCUCCCAUCCAGCAAGGGGGACGCUUCCUGGACAGCACGUCGUCCGGGUCCUCGUCCAGAUCCCAGAGCCCGCUGCUGCUGAGCCCGGCCGGCUCGCAGAGCAUGUACAACAACGGCGGGCCCAUGAUGCGCUCUCUCAGCGCGUCCCUGGACUCCCUGGAGACUGAGAUGGAUGGGUUGUGGCAGUUUCUCACGGAGAAAAAGGAGGCUAACACAAUGAUGGAAAGGCAGGGGGAGACGGGGGAGAGGAAGAAGGGAAAGCCAGAGCGCAUAUGCAGACCUCUGCAGCUUUUGCCCCCAGAUUAG